AAACGGAUUCAGAAAUCGAUCGGAGUUUUUUGAUGAAACGAAGUCUGUUGGCACCUCGACGGGGUGAAACAAUUCGACAAAUUUUGGAGGAGGAGAAAAUUGACCGCAGCGAAAAGUAACAGGUCCAACAGAAGAGUAUGGCCAGUGGAAGUGGCAAAGUAAAAUAUGCCAAAUUAAGGCUGCCAAAGUCGCUUUCUUCCGAAAUUCUACCGGACUCGAUUCCUGUGGACAAUGGGGCUGGUCCGAAAAGUCCUUCAAAGAAUACGACUGAACAAAUGGAGGAAGGAAUUAUUAAUUUAACAGAAGAUUGCGAAGAUGUGAAAGAAUGCGAAAACAAUGAACGGAUAUUGAAACGAACAAGGCUCGCUAAAACCGAGCAACCGAGAAAAUCAGAUUGCCCAAAAUUGCCUAAAAUCCCUCGCGAUGGAGGUGAAGGCAUUGUCAGUAAAUUCUUCAAAGCAUCUGAAGAUGAUUUCGAAACUAGUCAACGAGAGCCGGUACUGAAAGCGAAAACGAAAGCUCAGCGGAAAUGCACCGCUCGCAAACCGCGGGCUGCACGUAAACCAAAAAAUCAAUCGGAUAUUCGUCACGUUUUUAAAAAGUAUCAAAACAAUGAAGAACAGCUGCUCAACAAUUUGAUGCUGGCGCACACUGUCGCUGAUCAGUUAGAUCCGGAACAAUUCCAGCUGGCCCUGGCCAUGUCCCGUUCACUGACCGAUCAGGGCGGUUCGCAACCUAAUGAAGAAGCUAAAGCUUCCAGCAGCAUGGAUUCGCCUUCUUCUGAGGAACGGCGUAUUCAGGGCAUUCGUGCUACGCUAGAACAAUAUGGUUUUAAAUGUAAGAAUAGCUAUACCGAUUGUGAUUUGAAAGUGCUUUUUGGUGAUAAUCCCGGGGGGAAGAAUUGUAAAAAAAGUCGGUUGAGAAGACCAAGUUUGUUGGUUGUAAGGGAUGACAAGAGUUUAGUGGCGUUCAUGAACCAGCAAUCGGAUCGAUUGUUCAAGGAUGAGCUGAGUCAAUCGCUGAAAACUGAUGAUAAUUUUGAUUUAACCUUGCGAACUUAUGGUAGCAAUGUGUUCUGGAUGAGCGAAAACCCGGAAGACACCGAGAAAUCUGUAGGAGAUUAUUAUGUGGAAAAUUUGGUGGAAGUAAGUACUGUCAAAGCGGGCUAUCUGCUGAAGAAUUAUGAUCAAAUUCGAGGAAGAGAACCAUCGCCAAACCGACAGGCAAUGCUGUGCAUUGAAGAGGACACUGAAGUAGACAUACAACCAGUCGAAUUUGAAGGCUAUGAUUUAGUAGAAGAGCCGGAAGAUUCGCGGCUUGAUAUGAACACCGUGUCAGAAGAGUACCGACGGCAAUACAACGAUGAAGUUCCGGUCCACGUGAGACCUUCAAAAAGUCCCAAGCGCUCCGUAUCGCCGGAUCUCUUUGGCUCCGAUGAUUGCGAGGAGCAGGAAGACAAUCAGCACCGAAUGAGUGAGAGUGAAAAGGUGGAGGUUCCGGAAGUAAAAUCAAUUCCCGUUGAAGAGGAAACGAGUGACGAAAAGUUUGUGACGGUCUCUGAGAUGAACGAGAGUAAUGGGGCAGUGCUGUGCACCAGUUCGGAAAAUAUUUUCGAAGAUUCGGAUCCAAUCGUUGACUACGAAGUUUAUACCAGUGAUGAAGCGAAGAUCUCCACUGCUGGACCGGUGGAAGACUCUCUCCAUAGACCCAAUUCGCCAGUGUUGGAUGCAGUCAUAGAAGACUCCACAGACCACGAAAACGGUAAUACGGUAAUUACGUUGAGUUCGAGUGAAAACAGUAAUCAAGAAAUGGACCGUCAAAAAGGGAAGCCAUUUUUUCCCUCUCCAGAAAAAGAUCUCUCAUUCCAUGCUCUAGCAAUCAAGGAUAGGCUUAGGAGUGAAAAUAGCAAUCAAGAAACAGAUCGUCAACACGAUAAUGUCGCAACGCGGAAGACAUUUUUUCCUUCCCCAGAAAAAGAUCUUUCAUUCCACGCUCUGGCAAUCAAAGAAAGGCUUAGUCGCACGUUUUCCAAGGAUGCGGAAACUAUUGAGCUUGAAGAUGAUCACGUUUCGGACAAGUCGGAAGGUGCUAAUAGUAAUCUAUCGGAAACCAGCAGAGCAUCCUUGCUUUCAAAUCAGGAAGAACCCGACGAUCAGCUGGUUAUAUCAGAUGAUGAAGUGAAUUACUCCAUUCGUCACGACUUCUCAUCAAUUUACAAUGCUUCAAAUGUCGGGCUCAUAGAGAAGGAGAAUCGAGAUGCCUCCGAGCAUCAAAAGGAUCAGUCAAAAAAUGACGAUUUGGAUUGUACAAAGGUGUACUUUAGCAUACACGAAUUUCCUAAACCAGAAUCAAAAACAGUGUGUAACAUUGAAGGGGUUUCUUUUAUAUCUUCGGACGAAGAAACUGUCGAGAUCAUUGAAACAAAGGAAGCUAAAGCUGACAACACGAUCGCUUUUCUCGACGAUCUUAUUGAGAAGUACAAUCUACCACCAAAUCCCGCGGAAAACGAUGAAAAAAUUAGCCAAAUCAACAAAAUUGCCGAUGAGAAGCCUGAUGAAACAGAACAAAAGUCAGCCAUGAGCCUCAUGGCCAAUGAAAGUAAAAUUUUAGGCGAGGAUAUUGACAAAGUUCUAAGUCAAGCAGAAAAUACGUGUACUCAGCUGCCGGAUAAUCGAAGCCCUGAGCAGAGAAAUCAAGAUAAAUUUCUCAAUCGCACCAUUUCCGAUUCGGCACUGUUGGAGCCAAUGAAAAAGAAAUCACAAACUCCUGAACCAGCUUUCAAAUCAAAGUGUAACAUCGAAAGUGUUUGUUUGAUAUCUUCAGACGAAGAAACUGUCGAUACUAUUGAAACAAAGGUAGCCAACGUUGACAACACGAACGCUUUCCUCGAUAAUUUAAUUGAAAAGUAUGAUCUACCAUCAAAUCCGACGGAGAGCGAUGAAAAAUCCAACCAAACUGGUUUGCACAACUACUUGGAACAUUACGAAAUUCCCGAUUUUGCUGAUGACGAGAAGCCUAAUGAAACGGCAAAAAGUCCGGAACCAACAGAACAAAAGUCAACCCCCAACAUCAGGCCUACCGAAAGUAAAAUCUUAGACGAAGAGAUCGCAAAAAUUCUAACUCAAGCGGAAAACACCUGCACUCAGCUGGCGAGCAGUCGUAGCCCUGAGCAGAAGAACCAAGGUAACCCACUCAAACGUACCAUUUCCGAUUCUGCACUGUUGCAGCCGAGAAAAAAGAAAUCACCAACUUGCAUGAAGAAAGAUUCCUUUCGGGAUAGGUUCAAAUCAGUGGCGGAAGAACCAGAACCAGCUGCCGCCACGUUGGAAAUUCGACUGGACAACAUCAGUCCGCGGCCGGACUACGAAGGGAUGACAUCCCCAGUGUUACACCAGGAGCUGUUUAAGUAUGGACUAAAGUUACUGAGGAGACCGAAGGCGGUCAAAAUGUUGAACUACAUCUACGAUCAACUGCAUCCGAUGGUGGAGGUUUAUGAGAUCGAAGAGGAGGUGGUCUGUCAGGAUAACGUUGCCAGUUUGAGUAGGCCCGUUCACCAACAGCAACCCUGUUCAGCUAGGCUGGUUACGUCGGAGGAUACGGACUCGGGCGGCCCCGUACCAUUCGUUCCGGAAAUGGAAGGAGAGGAGUACAUUUUGCCGGUGAAGCCGAGAAAAAAGACCUUUUGGUGUGCCGUCCCGCUCAACAUUGCCUUUUACAACAUGGUCGCGGUGAAUAAACAACUCCGACAGCAAAUUCUCUGCUAUCAACCUAUUGAUUUGGACGCUGUUUACAAUCACCUCAAGGAGAUCGGUCUUCGUUACGAGACCAAUGAUUUAAUAGCCUUCCUAGACAAACGAUGCAUAACCUUCCGAACGGCACAGGGUGGCGGAAGCCGAACGAAAAAGCGAACCAGCUAGACAUCAGCAUGUUUUACUGUUAAGGUCAAUUAUUGAUAAAGUCGAUGAAAUA